AUGAGUGCGUGCGGCCGGAAAGCGCUGACCCUCCUCAGCUCUGUGUUUGCCCUCAGUGGCCUGGGGCUGCUGGGAGUGGCCGUGAGCACCGACUACUGGCUGUACCUGGAGGAGGGCCUCAUCCUGCCCCUGAACCAGACCACCGACACCCGCAGCUCUCUGCAUGCGGGGCUCUGGAGGGUCUGCUUCCUCAUGGGUGAAGAAAGUGGCCGCUGCUUCACCAUCGAGUACAUUAUGCCCUCCAAAGUACAGCUGACGUCUGAGUCCACCAUGAAUGUGCUGAAGAUGAUCCGCUCGGCCACGCCCUUUCCUCUUGUCAGCCUCUUCUUCAUGUUCAUCGGUUUCGUCCUGAACAACAUUGGACAUGUGCGUCCACACCGCAGCAUCCUGGCCUUUGUCUCUGGGAUCUUCUUCAUCCUCUCAGGCUUGGCUCUGGUCGUGGGCCUGGUGCUGUAUAUCUCCAGUAUAAAUGAUGAAGUUUUGAAUCGGCCCAAGAGCAGUGAGGCCUUCUUCUCCUACAAAUACGGAUGGUCCUUUGCAUUUUCUGCCAUCUCAUUCUUGCUCACAGAGAGUGCAGGUGUGAUGUCGGUCUACCUCUUCAUGAAGCGUUACUCUGCAGAGCUGUACCAGCCGCGUCACGCCGCCUUCUACCGACCGCGCCUCAGUAACUGCUCGGACCACUCAGGACAGUUCUUGCACCCGGAGGCCUGGUCCCGAGGCCGCAGUCCCUCGGACAUCUCCAGUGAGGCGUCUCUCCAGAUGAGCAGCAGUUACCCAGCACUGCUCAAGUGCCCCGAGUACGACCAGGCGUCCUCCUCUCCCUGCUGA